UAUACACGUGUAAACAUUAUUCAGAUAACACCUGUAGUGGACGUUUUCAGGACGAAUUCGGGUAUCGUAAAAGUGAAGUGUAGUGAUUUGAAUGAUACGUGAUUACAGGGAUUUAGUAUGAUGAAAAUGCUAUUCAAAGGAAACAGUAGUCGACUGGAAUUGUUGAUAGAAAAAAUUCAGUCGACGAAGGAAAACGGAGAAUUCAAAGUCCCAGUAGCUGAAGAUGAAACUGCCGCCAGUUCUGCAUCCGGUGAUGGUUCUGGAUGUGGCGAAACCGUACAGGGUUUUGAUGAUCUUGUCCAAGGGUCGGAAGAACGAGUGCAUCAGGGAGAUCAAGAUAAAGACACUAAACCGGGCCCAUACAAAUGCACGGUAUGUGGAGAAAAUUAUUUGAAGGAAAAACAGCUCAGGGAGCACGAGCAGAGUCACACAGAUCACCUGCAAUUCACGUGUGCUUAUUGCCCUCGACUUUUCAAGCAUAAGCGUUCAAGAGAUCGACAUACAAAACUCCACACUGGAGAUAAAAAGUACAAGUGUCAGCAGUGCGAUUCUGCUUUUUCACGAAGUGAUCAUCUUAAAAUUCAUAUGAAAACACACGAUAGUCGUAAACCAUACAAAUGUGGUACAUGCAAUAGGGGUUAUAACACCGCUGCAGCUCUGUCAUCCCACCAACAAAGUCAUUUGAAGCAAGAAUCUAGAUCCGGAAGCCGCACAAGUGGAGGAAGCACCCCUAGUCCGGGACUUUUCCGGUGUACUCAUUGCACUGAAACUUUCGGAAAAGCGGAUCUGUUGCAGAAUCACAUGGCGAUGGUCCACAGCGACACCGAUUCUUCGUUGAGUCAAACUCCGGAACCGCUGUCCGAGUAUCAAAACCAAAUAGACGACUUGAAAAUAGUUUGUAUGUACUGUUCUAAAGAGUUUCCAAGUCUGGAUUUAAUGUACCAACACACGAACAUUGCUCACCGCGAUGUCCCCAAUGGUGUUUCCACUUCAGUUUCUGCCUCCUCUCCCGUAGUCGUUCAGAGCUCACCAAAACACGAGAUUUGUCAAAAUGGAACACCAACUUACGCCUGUGAUAAAUGCACAAUGCAGUUAGACUCUUUACAAAACUUGAAAAACCAUAUAAAUAACGUUCAUUGGCGUCCCACGUUAUCACCAAACCCUAUCAAAGACUACGGAAACUUCAUGGCGGUGGAAAAAAGCUAUUCGCCGUUUCAAACCCAGCCGACGGAUUUGAGUCGGAAGAAGAAGAACGAAGACAGUAUCGAUAAGAUGAUCAAAAAGAAGAAGCAAGACCAUCAGCAUUCACCGACGACUAUAAGUCCGUAUGAUUCCAACGACAAGCCAUGUAUUUGUUCGUGUUGCUACGCGCAGUUGCCAAAUUUCAAGAGUUUUCUUCACCAUAUGGAAUCUCACGUGAUCUCGUCAAACAAUUCUUUACUAGGAUUUUGCCCGGUUUGUGGCGAACCUGGACGUGACCCAGUUUCUUUUACUAACCACAUCUUCAGCCACGCUAUUGCUCAAGUACCUGGUCGUUGUUGUUACACUUGUAAAAAGUCGUUCGAACGGUUAGAAGAACUACAAAAACAUCUGCUGGAUGUACACGUAGUUUCAGUUUUCAAGUGCUCGAUAUGUAACGACAUAUUUGAUACCAAAAUUUCGAUGCAGUUGCAUCUGUCAAAUAAGCAUAGUGACGAAUGUAAACAUUUUAAAUGUUAUUUGUGCACUAAUCAGGUGUUCCAUGAUAGACUGUCUGCGGAACUGCAUAUAUCGAUGAAACAUUAUCAACAGUUCACACCGUGUGUUGGCACAAAUCAGUCGCUUCUACGGUCGCAGUACCAAACAGAACUGGAUGCGAGGUUCAGAGAAUAUAACUUGAUUUUCCAGUGCACUUUCUGCCAUAAGACUUUCAAAGACCAGUACUCACAGUACGUUCAUAUUUUAAAGGAGCACAAUGAAGCUAAAGAGAGUGAAAAAUUUAUUUUGGAUUCGACAUUGAAUCAAAAUCCGUCCAGAUCUCCCAAUUUCAUGUUUCCAAAGAUCGUAACUCCGGAUCAUGUGGGUAUGGACACGACCAGCAUGGAGACGAUGUACACUUGUGAUAUAUGUAACCGUAAUGACUUGACGUCAGAGGCAGAUUUGAUAAGUCACAAGAAGGUCCACCACAGCAAGAACAAAAUCGGUCCUGUUAGCCUACAAUGCGCGUAUUGUAAUGAGUAUUGUAAAUCAAGGAGCGACUUGGAAAACCACAUGAAAACUCAUCAAGUGAGUUGCGGGAAAGGAAAGCACAAGUGUAACAUCUGCGACGAGAUUUAUUCAUCGACUUUGACGUUGGCAGACCACAAACUCACACACUGUAAAAUAGUUGAAGGGAAUAGUUGUGUUCAAUGUAAAUCCGUUUUGAGUGACGAACAAUCAUUUUACAAUCAUCAGCUGCAACACAGUAAUAGUCCAGCAAAACCAAAUUCGCAAAUAUCUUUGCCAGCGAAUUGCAUUAUCUGUUGCCAAACUUUACAGACUGAUGUGGAAAUAAAGUUACACGCGAAAUUUCAUUUGAAACAUUUAACACAAAAAGAAUGUUUGUGUGGAGUGUGCAACAAAGUUUUCGAUAGUCAAAGCGGUCAGGUCGUGAAUAAUUUCGAAAAGACGCCCGACAACAUCAGCAUUUUUUUGUGUAAAGACUGUAAUACGAAAAAUAAUGGAAGCAUUUCGGAUUGCGAUGUUAAAAAAGUGUCGACCCCGGGAAAACAGUUCGCUUGUAUCCAGUGUCCACAAACAUUUGACAGUGAAAGUGAGGUUCAAAGUCAUGCAGCGAUGCACAUGUUAAACGAAGGAACUAACUUAGAGUGUAAACUGUGCAAGCAAGUUUUCUCAUCUCCACUCAAACUUCAGACGCAUUUAAUCGAGCACAAUUUUUAUGGAAUGAAUCAAUAUAGUUGUUACGUGUGUUCUUCGGUUUUUACUGCCGCAAGCGGACUGCAGAACCAUAUUAUAGGCCAUGGCUUGGACAGCAGACCUUAUGAAUGUUCGCAAUGCCAAAUGAAAUUUUUCUUUAGAGCUGAGUUAGAUAAUCACCGAUUUGUUCAUUUACUCCAGACACCGACGAGUCAAAAAUCCUAUUCAACCCCCAACGGUGUCGAAAUCUUGUACGAUAGUAAAUCCAGUCCGCACUACAAAAUUUGCAAAUAUUGUUCAAAUUCGUACUUGGAUAACUCAUUUUUCUUAGAACAUUUAAAUCAGUGUCCCUUCAAGAUAAGUCCAAAGCGAGAAAAUUUUGAUACAACUACAAAUGAUGUAGACAAUAAUAUAAAGCAAGAGGUUACAGAAAUCACGUCGGAUGGCGUUAUUGAAAAAGAUGAGCAAUAAUAUGUCAUGGUAGAUUGAGUACAUAUUGUUAGAGCAAUGAUAAUAAGACUUUUAUACGUAUUUUAAUUUAUUAUAUGGGUUUAGAGAGUAGGAUGGAAUUGUGAUAAUUUUUUAGUUGUAGUAAGGUGAAUGGUAUUUAUAUCCAGUUUGCACGCAGUUAUAUAUUUACAAAAAUACACAUUAAAAUGGGUCCACAGACUAGAUAUAGCAUUUAUUUCAGUAUGUAUCAGGGGUGUAUUUUUUCUGUACGUAUUUCUUAUUUUUUGCAAACUGUAUGUAUUUGUACACUUGUUACCACCAAAGAAGUACAAACAUUUAAGAAAUUCACUGAUGAUUUUUACAAUUUGACCAAAGACGCGCCAAAAUUUAAAAUUAGCAACCCCGUUAUUCGUUCAAAAAUUAAACAUAAUGAAAAGUGUGAGUACUUUUUGUAUAAAUGUAAGCAUGUAAGAAUUGUAUUAUGCUUAGUUCCUCUAAUUUUGAAAACUGAGGUAGUUUUUGGCGCCAAUUCAACCAUUUUUAAAGCCAUACAACUCAAUAGCACCGUCCAUUAGAAUUAUUUUGUUGAUUUGAUGAUUGCUACACUUACUUGUUUAUUAACUAGUUACAGUGUUAUUACUUAUAUAUGAAAAAUGUAUAGUAAAUACUAUUCAGUUUGUGGUA